ACAUGACAGAUUCGACUUGCCGUUUUCCCCAUAGACAUAGUAUACCCCAUAGACAUAUGGUUUUUCCUAUGAAGUUUAUUUAUGUGUAGCAUUACUUGUAUAUGUUUGAUGUAUGUAUUACAUUACUAAUAACUUGUCAAUUAUAGCUUAGGUAUAUGUUUGAAGGGUAUUCAGGAAACAGUUUUGGCGGACAAGUAACAUUAAAGAAUGCAGACUGAUGCCGUUGGCGUAGGUUGUCCGAAGACCGACUUGUCAGAUUCGAUUGAUUCUAAGUUUCAUGUUCUCGUAUGUGUUACUGGCAGUGUCGCCGCACUUAAAUUACCGUUACUGGUAUGUCAGCUUCUUCAGAUUCCCGGGGUGGAGGUGCGUGUGGUUACCACAGAGCAUGCCUCUCAUUUCUACGACAUUGCUGAGAUACCUGUGCGCGUGUACACUGAUAAAGAUGAGUGGGAGAUGUGGCAGCAGCGUUCUGACCCCGUGCUGCACAUUGAGCUCCGGCGCUGGGCUCACCUGCUGCUCAUCGCCCCCCUGGACGCCAACACCUUGGGCAAGAUCGCUAGCGGCAUCUGUGACAACCUCCUGACGUGUGUUGUGCGAGCGUGGGACCAGCGUCGUCCUCUGCUCUUCUGUCCAGCCAUGAACACAGCCAUGUGGAACCACCCCAUCACGGCCCGCCAGAUCAGCACGCUCAUGGAGUUCGGCUACGUGGAGAUCCCUUGCAUCGCCAAGAAGCUGGUGUGUGGAGACGAAGGCAAAGGAGCCAUGGCAGAAGUGACAACGAUCGUGGAUACUGUCAAACAGUUCCUCCCCAGUGCCUCCACCCUGCCUUAAUGUGCGUUUAAAGACUACAGAGAGAACUGCUGUGAGGCUUGUCAUUGGGUUUUUAUUUAAUGAGUGUGGACAUACUGACGGUUUAAAUGUCUGAUGUCAAACUUAAUUGUAAAUGUAAUCGAGUUUUCGAGAGCACUGCUGCCUUCAUGGAUUUAUGGGCUGUGUCACGAACAUGUUGGCACUCCGUCCAUGUAUCGCAUUUAUGGGCUGCGUCACGAACAUGUUGCAACUCCGUCCAUGUAUCCCUGAAGCAAUUUAAAAAAAGAAGCUGCUACUCCAAAUGAAA